GGGCGGGCGCCUCCCGCCGGCAGCGGAGCGGAGCGGGGCCAUGGUGAGCGCGGCGGGCGGUGGGCAGCGCUUCGCGGCUCCCUUCUCUUCCUCCUCCCUCCUCCUCCUCCUCGCGGCCUCGCCCGCCGCGCCGGGCAGCGCCGAGAGACGCCUGAGCAUAUAAUGUGCCCAUGUUGCCUCGAUGCAGGGGCCGAGAGCAGUUUGAAAUCUUCCUGAUUUAGGCAACCAGUUAGAUACUCUUUGCUAAGUCAGUGACUUCCAUGCAUUGUCAGAGGGAUUAUAUGAAGGAGGAAGUGGAGGAGUGUGCUGAAGAUGAGGCGACUGAAUCGGAAGAAGACCUUGAAUUUGAUGAAAGAGUUGGAUGCCUUCCCGAAGGUUCCUGAAAGCUAUGUGGAGACCUCAGCAAGCGGGGGAACAGUUUCUCUGAUAGCAUUUACAACAAUAGCUUUCCUGACUAUAAUGGAAUUUACGGUGUAUCGGGACACGUGGAUGAAGUAUGAAUACGAAGUAGACAAGGAUUUUACAAGUAAACUUAGAAUCAAUAUUGACAUUACAGUUGCCAUGAGGUGUCAGUAUGUGGGGGCUGAUGUUCUGGAUUUAGCAGAAACAAUGGUUGCCUCUGCAGAUGGCCUCAUCUAUGAACCAGUAGUAUUUGAUCUCAGCCCACAACAAAAGGAAUGGCAAAGGAUGCUGCAGCUCAUUCAGAGCAGGCUGCAGGAAGAACACUCUCUUCAAGAUGUGAUAUUCAAAAGUGCUUUUAAAAGUGCUUCUACAGCACUGCCACCACGGGAAGAUAAUUCAUUAGAGUCUCCAGAUGCAUGCAGAAUUCACGGUCAUCUGUAUGUCAAUAAAGUGGCAGGGAAUUUUCACAUAACUGUGGGCAAGGCUAUACCACACCCUCGAGGCCAUGCUCACUUGGCAGCCCUUGUAAGCCAUGAGUCUUAUAACUUCUCACAUAGAAUAGAUCAUCUGUCAUUUGGAGAGCUUAUUCCAGGAAUUAUCAAUCCCUUGGAUGGAACAGAAAAAAUAGCAUCAGAUCACAACCAGAUGUUCCAGUAUUUUAUCACAGUUGUGCCAACCAAACUCCAUACAUACAAAAUUUCAGCAGAAACUCAUCAAUUUUCAGUGACAGAAAGGGAAAGAGUAAUUAACCAUGCAGCUGGCAGUCAUGGAGUGUCAGGAAUAUUCAUGAAAUAUGAUAUCAGUUCCCUUAUGGUGACAGUGACAGAGGAACACAUGCCUUUUUGGCAGUUCUUAGUACGGCUCUGUGGCAUUAUUGGGGGAAUUUUUUCAACUACAGGAAUUUUACAUGGCUUUGGAAGAUUUGUAGCAGAAGUUAUUUUUUGCCGUUUCAGACUGGGCUCCUACAGAUCUACAAUGGACCCACUUCCCGAUGGCCACACAAGCAACCACUUACCUCUAACUACGGACAACAGCACGCAUUAGCACCUCCUGGCAGAGUUCUCUUUCUUCCUGCCUGAUACAGAAGACAUUUUUUAUAAUAAUGAGAACAUUGUGCAAUAUGCAGAGACCAUGCUGAUGGGCAGUGGAAAGUGAAGCUUCUACAAAAACAAAUGGCAAUUUAUGUAACUCUUUGUCUUUUUAAGUGCAUAUGGAGUCAUGGGAGGUUGUGAGACCGGUGCCGUGGACCAUCUUCUGCAGUUUAAAGGAGCGUUCCUGCCACAACAGUAUUUGUGGUCAAGCUGAAUGGUUUUGACUGUCAUCAGCCACUGGAGGGUGUGCUUAGUGAUCUCAGUUCUGUGCCUGGGAGGCUGGCGGCUGCAGUGAGAGAACAACUGGGAUGUGUGGAGGGCUGGGCAGCAAGCAAAGAGGGACAGUAGUAAAGCUGGAGUUUUCUCUUAGGUUUGCAGACUGAGUUUGUGUUUUCUUGUUCUUUUUUAAUGGCUGAGGGUGGGGGGGGGCUGAGAUACAAGCGGGGAGCAAAUCUAGAAAAUCCUGAAGGCAGCUCUGGAGUAAGAUGGAGCCCAAGCCAUACUGUUGGUCAUAGCCUCUGCCUGUCUGUAGUCUCACAUUCCUUAGAGGAAGAAACACAAUGCAGAGCAGGACAGUUCCUCUGUCUUCAUACAGCUGCUUAGCGAGCACUUCUGGUGUUUGUUGUGAAAGUGGCCAAGGCCUCUGAAAAUGGGUUCCAGUGUGCCUGGCACUGUUUUUGAAUUGGAAUCAGAAGCCUUUUAAAUGAGGUAUCUGAGCGUAGUUUUGACUCCUUUAGAAAAGAUGAGGUAACUCUCUAUAUGCUCCUUUCUUAGUUAAGAAGUUGCUUUAAUGCAACUUUCCUUGUACCGUUGCUGCUAGCAUGCAAGCCAUGGUAUGUAAAUCCAGAGUAUGGAGGGCAAAAGAGCCAGGGACUGCCUUGCUUUGGUUCAGUUACACAUCACAGGAACAUGGAACUGGUGGGGAAGCCUGCUAGUCCAGAUGGAGUGGGGUUGGUUUGAUCUCCAGGCAGGAGGUGGCUUCAGGGAAUCGGAAUCAUUUUGCUGCAAACAAAUGGGGAGAAGGGAUAUGCAGAGUCCAUCCUUACUGUUCAUGAAGGUUUUUGUAAAAUAAACAAAAAGCAAUAUCAGUUUAUAUUGUUAAUAUGCUAUUGAGAGUGAGUGUUAUUAAUGCAGCUGGUGGUGCUUUGAGAAACUGAAGACCCUCCUCUUACAGCUGAACUAUGGGCAUACACCUGUGCUUAAACAGUUAUUUUCCCCAGGAUAAAAAGUAACAUUAGUGUGAUUCCUUCUCAGCAAAACUGAUCUAAUAGCAUAUUAUGAGAUUAUGCUGACCUUGGCAUUGCCAGGGACAAAGGAAAAUAAAAGGCUUUGUGACAUUG